GCGCCCGCGCCCCCCCGCGGCUCCUGCGGCUGCUCCGGCUCCUGCGGGCCGCGUGAGGAGGAGGCUGCUCCGCCCGGGCGCCGCGGCGCUGCUGCUCGCAGGGUCGCAAUGCAGUGCGGGGCGGGCGGCAGAGGCGGCGGCGGGCGGACGGGGCUGCUGCGAGCGGCGCGCCGGGGCUCGGGCUAGCCGGGAGGCUCCGGACCGGCGGCGGAGGGGGGCGCCAGCCCAGAGCUCGCCGGCUUUGCUCGCGGAAGCGCCGGCCCAGCAGAGCCCGCCGGCGCCGCGGGACUCCCAGGAGGCGGCGGACGGGCGGCGGCGGUUGGGGCUCCCGGGCGGAGGGUCGGCGGAGGGGACGCGCCCGCGGACACCAUGAAGUUGCUGCUGCUGCUGCUGCUGCUGCUCCGGCCGGGCCGAGGGGGCGCCCAGCCCUGCCCGCCGCCCUGCUCCUGCUCCGGCCCCAGCGUCGACUGCCACCGGCUGGCCCUGCGCUCCGUGCCCCGGAACCUGCCCCGCCACGCCGAGAGGCUGGAUCUUAAUGGAAAUAAUAUCACAAGGAUUACAAAAACGGAUUUUGCUGGUCUUAGACAUCUUCGUGUUCUUCAACUCAUGGAAAACAAGAUUACUACAAUUGAGAGAGGAGCAUUUCAAGACUUAAAAGAGUUGGAGAGACUGAGGCUAAACAGAAAUAAUCUUCAGCUUCUCUCUGAGUUGCUCUUUCUCGGGACUCCCAAACUCUACAGACUGGACCUCAGUGAAAACCAGAUACAUGCCAUCCCGAGGAAGGCCUUCCGUGGAGCUGUUGACAUCAAAAAUCUGCAACUGGAUUUCAACCAGAUCAGCUGCAUUGAAGAUGGGGCGUUCAGAGCGCUGCGGGAUCUGGAAGUACUCACUCUCAACAAUAACAACAUCACACGGCUCUCGGUGGCAAGUUUCAACCAUAUGCCCAAACUCAGGACUUUCCGCCUGCACUCCAACAACCUGCAGUGCGAUUGCCACUUGGCUUGGUUAUCGGACUGGCUGCGUCAACGACCCCGAGUCGGCCUUUACACUCAGUGUAUGUCUCCCUUACACUUACGCGGACAUAACAUAGCUGAGGUCCAGAAGCGAGAAUUCAUCUGCAGCGGUCACCAGUCUUUUAUGGCUCCCUCCUGUAGUGUGUUGCACUGCCCCGCUACCUGCACCUGUAGUAACAACAUUGUGGAUUGCCGAGGGAAAGGCCUGACGGAAAUCCCCACCAAUCUUCCGGAAGCCAUUACAGAAAUACGACUGGAGCAAAAUUCAAUCAAGGUCAUUCCACCGGCAGCUUUCUCACCCUACAAAAAGCUCAGGCGAAUUGAUCUGAGCAAUAAUCAAAUCUCAGAGGUCGCCCCAGAUGCCUUCCAGGGUCUCCGCUCUCUUAAUUCCCUGGUUCUCUAUGGAAACAAAAUUACGGAACUUCCCAAGGGACUUUUUGAAGGACUUUUCGCUCUUCAGUUGCUAUUGUUGAACGCUAACAAGAUAAACUGCCUGCGAGUGGACGCUUUCCAAGACUUGCAUAAUCUGAACCUUCUCUCUUUGUACGACAACAAACUUCAGACCAUCGCCAAGGGCACUUUCUCUCCCCUGCGAGCGAUUCAGACGCUGCACUUGGCUCAGAACCCGUUUAUUUGUGACUGUCAUCUGAAGUGGCUUGCAGAUUAUCUCCACGCAAACCCCAUUGAGACCAGCGGUGCUCGGUGCACCAGCCCACGCCGCUUGGCCAACAAAAGGAUCGGGCAGAUCAAAAGCAAGAAGUUUCGUUGUUCAGGGACAGAGGACUACAGAUCCAAGCUGAGCGGCGACUGCUUUGCGGACUUAGCCUGCCCUGAAAAAUGCCGCUGCGAAGGAACGACGGUUGAUUGCUCCAAUCAGAAGCUGAACCGGAUCCCCGAGCACAUCCCGCAGUACACCGCAGAACUGAGACUCAAUAACAAUGAAUUUACAGUGCUGGAAGCCACAGGGAUCUUUAAGAAGCUUCCCCAGCUGCGUAAAAUAAAUCUAAGCAAUAACAAGAUCACUGAUAUUGAAGAAGGCGUAUUUGAAGGAGCUGCUGCAGUCAAUGAACUUUUGCUGACAAGUAACCGGCUGGAAAAUGUACGGCACAAAAUGUUGACAGGGCUGGAAAGUCUCAAGACACUGAUGCUGAGGAGCAACCGGAUUAGCUGCGUGAACAAUGACAGCUUCACAGGUUUGAGUUCGGUCCGGCUGCUCUCGCUGUACGACAACCAGAUCACCACUGUAGCUCCGGGAGCCUUCGACACGCUUCAUUCUCUCUCCACGCUAAACCUCUUGGCCAACCCCUUCAAUUGCAAUUGCCACCUGGCCUGGCUGGGAGAGUGGCUGCGGAAGAAACGCAUUGUGACGGGGAACCCUCGAUGCCAGAAGCCUUACUUCCUCAAAGAGAUCCCCAUACAGGACGUAGCCAUUCAGGAUUUCACCUGUGAAGACGGGAAUGAUGACAACAGUUGCUCUCCCUUGUCCCGCUGUCCUGCCGAAUGCACCUGUCUGGAUACCGUCGUUCGUUGCAGUAACAAAGGCCUGAAGGCUCUUCCCAAAGGCAUCUCCAAAGAAGUGACUGAACUUUAUUUGGAUGGAAACCAGUUCACCCUUGUUCCCAAAGAAUUAUCAAACUACAAGCACUUAACUCUGAUAGAUUUAAGCAACAACCGAAUCAGCACCCUCUCAAACCAGAGUUUCAGCAACAUGACCCAGCUGCUCACUUUAAUUCUCAGUUACAAUCGGCUCAGAUGCAUUCCGACACGGACCUUUGAUGGCUUGAAAUCGCUUAGGCUGCUCUCUUUACAUGGGAAUGACAUCUCUGUCCUGCCUGAAGGGGCUUUCAGCGAUCUUUCCGCAUUAUCUCAUCUAGCGAUUGGAGCGAACCCCCUGCACUGCGACUGCCACAUCCAGUGGCUCUCCGACUGGGUGAAGUCCGAAUACAAGGAGCCGGGCAUCGCCCGAUGUGUCGGUCCCGGAGAAAUGGCCGACAAACUCCUUCUCACCACUCCCUCCAAAAAAUUCACCUGUCAAGGUCCGGUGGAUGUCACCAUUCCUGCCAAAUGUAGCCCCUGCUUAUCCAGCCCUUGCAAAAACGGAGGGACUUGUAGCAAUGACCCCGUGGAUUUCUACAGUUGUUCCUGUCCUUACGGCUUCAAGGGCCGAGACUGUGAGGUGCCCAUCCAUGCCUGUAUAAGCAGCCCCUGUAAAGAAGGAGGGACAUGCCACUUAAAAGAAGAUGAAAAGAAUGGGUUUUGGUGUGCCUGUGCUGAUGGGUAUGAAGGUGAAAACUGUGAAGUGAACAUUGAUGAUUGUGAAGAUAAUGAUUGUGAAAACAAUGCCACUUGUAUAGAUGGAAGAAACAACUACACUUGCCUUUGUCCUCCAGAAUACACAGGGGAAUUGUGUGACGAAAAGCUGGAUUUCUGUGCUCAGGAGCUGAAUCCUUGCCAGCAUGAUUCCAAGUGCAUUCUGACUCCCAAAGGAUAUAAGUGCAGUUGCACACCUGGCUACGUUGGGGAACACUGCGAUAUUGAUUACGAUGACUGCCUGGACCACAAAUGUCGGAAUGGAGCGCAAUGCACGGAUGCCGUGAAUGGUUAUACGUGCGUAUGUCCUGAGGGCUACAGCGGACUUUUCUGUGAGUUUUCGCCACCGAUGGUCCUGCCUCGCACAAGCCCUUGUGAUAACUAUGAAUGCCAGAAUGGAGCCCAGUGUAUUAUGAAGGCCGGCGAGCCAAACUGCCAGUGCCUCUCCGGUUACCAGGGGGAGAAAUGCGAAAAGCUGGUCAGCAUCAACUUCGUCCAGAAAGAAACGUACCUGCAAAUCCCAUCCACCAAAAUUCACUCACACACCAAUAUCACCCUCCAGAUUUCCACAGUUGAAGACAGGGGGAUUCUGCUGUAUAAAGGAGAGGAUGAUCACGUUGCCAUGGAGCUCUACCGGGGACGUGUAAGACUCAGUUACGACGCAGGAUCAUAUCCAGUAUCUGCCAUUUACAGCGUCGAGACCAUCAAUGAUGGGAAAUUCCACAUGGUGGAGUUAUUAGUCAUGGACCAGAUUCUGUCGUUAUCUAUUGAUGGAGGAAACCCCAAAACCAUUACCAACCUGUCUAAACAGUCGACUUUGAAUUUUGACUCCCCGUUUUAUGUUGGAGGUAUCCCCCGGAAGGAAAACGUAGCUGCCGCCUUCCACCAAACUCCCGGCCAGAACGCGAGCAGUUUCCACGGCUGCCUCCAAAACCUCUUCAUCAACAGCGAGCUGCAAGAUUUCAGGAACCUCCCGUUGCAAAUGGGGAUCCUGCCAGGCUGCGAACCGUGCCUGAAGAAGGUAUGCGCCCACGGGGCCUGCCACGCGACCGGCCCGUCCGGCUUCACCUGCGAGUGCGACGAGGGAUGGAGCGGCUCGCUCUGCGACCAGGAAUCCAACGGCCCAUGCCUGGGGAACAAAUGUGUACAUGGUACCUGCUUGCCAAUCAAUGCCUUUUCAUACAGUUGUCAAUGCCUGCAGGGAUACGGAGGCGCCCUCUGCGACGGAGACGGGGAGGUGCUUAACCCCUGCCAGUCCCUCCGAUGCAAACAUGGCCAAUGCAGGCUUUCAGGCCUUGGAAAACCAUAUUGCGAGUGCCACAGCGGAUAUACCGGGGACAGCUGCAGUAAAGAAACCGCUUGCAGAGAGGAGCGGCUCAGAGGUUACGUCCAAAGGCAGCAGGGUUACGCCGCGUGCCAGACGGCCGAGAAGGUCCUGAGGCUGGAGUGCCAGGGGGGCUGCGGGAACGGUCAGUGCUGCCGGCCGCUCAGGAGCAAGAAGAGGAAGUAUCUUUUUGAGUGCACCGACGGCUCCUCCUUCGUGGACGAAGUCGAAAAAGUGCUCCGAUGCGGCUGCACCCAGUGCCUCUCUUAAAGACCUGUCCUUUCCCCGUUUCCACUCGUUCCUUUCUGAAAAAAUCCCCGCAGGGGCCACAUCGCGGACUAAAAGUGAGGCUCCGUAGGGGAUAUAUAUUGUAAAAUACAGAACAGGCUUAUUUUUAUUACGAGAAUAAAGAACUGUUUCUUUAACUACAAACAGACGAAAAAGAUAAAAAAAUCAAAAACGAGUGCUCAAAGAAACUUCUUGCAACUCCAAGGACUUGAAGAAGGAAAUAUGUAUAUGUAAAAAAAAAUACAGAACCGAUGGAAAUUUUCAAGCAGGAUAGGAAAGAUUCACUACUUUUUAACACCCAGCGUUUUUUCAUCCCACUUUGAAGCUCAGUUAUCUUUCAGUCUGGUCCUUGGACGGAGGAGGAGGGAGAAUACGCAGCUUUUCCUUUUUAUGUACUUUAACUACAGCUGGGGGUGAGGGAACGCGCUUCACUUCGGCUUGGUCUCAAUUCCUUCACGAGCCCAAGAAGUUAGGCUCUCUGGCGGAGGAGAUCCGUUUUUACAAGAUGGAAAAAAAAAAGUGAUGCAUUUUGUACAGUGUAAAAAAAGUUGAGAAAACGAGAGCUUUUGUUAAUUCACAAUUAUCCUAAGAUCUUCUAACAUGAUUUUUUUUAAAAUGUUAGCAUGUUACAAAGAAAAGGAAGGAAGAAAAAGCAUUUACCCACCCUCUUGCAGUAUUAAUUUUUCUUUUUGUAAUAUAAAUGAUAAGAUUGAUAAAAUAGAGUAUUGCCGAGAAAAUUAGAUAUAAUGCGGAGUUUUGUUUCUAUCAAUCCUGAACAGCUCUAUACAGUAUUCUGUUUAUUGAGAAAUAUUUAUUGUAUCAAAGUACACUGUACUUAACAUCUAGGCCAAUCUUUUUACUUCCCACUGCCCCUCUUUAAUAUAUAUUAAUUUAUAUUUGUCCUGAUAUUUUUGUAUUUUCAGUUGUUUUUUUAAAGAGAGAGAGGAAAACUUAAAAUCAGGAUAUUUGCAAUAGGACUAAUAUAGCAGAUUCUCCCGGGAUAAAUAGAUUUGAUCUGGGUUAAUAUUUUUUACUGCACCACCUGCCAGCUUUCUGUCUGUCUUAGGAACGGAAGCUGCAAACAAUCUGAUUAUUAUUUUCAUUAUAACAAGGAAAUAUGACAUCUCUCAAAUCUUUGUAAUAUAUGAGGAAAUUGUCUUUACAAAUAGGUGGCAAAUGUUAUAGGUGUGAUUUCGCGCCCCCCUCCUUCUCCCAAGUAUACGCUACUUUUCAGAAAAUGAAAUUAUGUGUUGAAAAUGACACUAGAAGAUAGAUAUUUUCAAACUAAUGUUCCCUUGGAGUUUCGUACCUUUAAAAUGAAUUAAAGAGGCUGUAUUACCAUUUCCCCCAUUAUUAAAACUACUUUAAAUGCCCAGAUAUUUUCCUUUGUUAACAUGUUGCUGCUAAGUAUAAUAUAGAAUUGGUAAUAAUUCUUUAUAGUGGGUUGUUCUCUUUUUUUUUUAAGUAAAUCAUAGGGUACCCUGUAAAAAAGGGGGGUUUAAUUUCUUUUAUACAAGGAAAAGAUAGUUGUACAUGUGUAAUAUGGUGUUGCUUUGUCUAAUUUGGACGGGGAUCAGUACCUUGACUGAUGUUUGUAAAUUAAACAGAUCCUUUACCUCA